AUGGCAUGCCCGAUGGUUGACCGAGGCCUCCGCGCCGUUGCCGAGACCCUCUGGCUCGCUACGACACGCGUCGGCUCGUUUGGCACUCUCCUCGGCCUCACGCUUCCGCUUGACGGCGGCGGCCUCCGCUUCCGCCAGCUCGACAAGGAGCAGUCUGUCCUCUCGCUACCUCUACCUGAUUGGAGCGUGCGGGCCGACGGCACGCUCUGCCUUGCGACUGCGCUCGCGCUGCACGACGAAAUCUCCACGUACGGAGGCAUGGCGCCUUGGGACGCCAGGCACCGCCCCGGAGUCAGCAUCUCGCUCAGCGGAAGGCUCGUCGGGAGUGCACUUUGUGACGCCGGCAAGGCGCUCCACUUUGUGACGCGGCCGCUCAAGCUCGGCCGCACCCUCGGCUACCUCGAGCUGGAGAUCUGGAGCGGCGACGGCGAGCCGCGUGAUCUUCUCGCGGUCGGUCGCCACUGCAAGGCCCUCAAGUUUCCGGGCAGCUCGGCCGCACUCGGGUCACUUCUCCAGCUCGGCGGCCACCCCGCGGUCUACCCGCUCGUCCAGCCGAUCGCGUACAACUGGCUCGCCAGCCGACCGAUCGCGCCGCCGCCGCUGCAGCCAACGCGACGAGCCGACCUCUUCCCGCCGCUAGCUGCGCUCAGCGCUAGCGGCGGCGUUUCCUCGUUGUUGCCAGACGCCGCCUUCAGCUGCGAUUACUCCACGCCGCUCUCGCCCGCGCUGGCCAACAUGAUCGGCUCCCUGCACGGGGGCGCGGCGUGCAUUCUGGGCGAGCAGGCCGCCUCCACGGCAUUGCGCGAUAGCCUAGGCCUCGCAGAGGCGCCCCCAGCGCGCGCGUUCGCGGUGCAGCUGCUCUCGGCGCUUCCGUGCGACGGCCGUGAGGCGCGCAUCGCCGCCGCCGUCGGGUCGGGCGGCGGCGCGACCCGGCUGGGAGCGGUGGCGAUCGGCAGCGAACAGGGCAGCAGGGCGGUGGAGUGCAUGGCGUGGUAUGACGUGGGGCGAGAGCGAGAGGGCGACCACCGAGUCACAAACAAAUGA